GUGUUUCGUGUCGAAGAAGAAGAACGAGAGCAACAAGAAAGAAACAAAUUAUACAUUUCGUCGCGUUGUGCAAACGCCUGGUUCCAGUCUCUGUGUGUGCAAAUCAUUAAGCAAUAAAAUGUCGAAACGACUUGCAAGCAGCACUGACGACGGCGCCAGCAAUAAUACAGAACAGAGCGCAACUAAUGCCAACCAAAACAUCAUAAAUCUGGACGACAGCGACGACGACGACGACGAUAUGCAAUUUGUGGGCAUUGUGCAUCCAGCAAUGCCAACCAUCGAUCUCUGUGUCUCACCAUCCACCUCGGCAGCAGCAGCAGCCGCUGCAGCUGUCUCAGCUACUGCAACUGCUGCUGUCGCUGCACCAUCAACGCCUGCAGCAGCCGAAGCUCUCAAAACUGCCAACAUAGAAACAGACGCUGCUGUUGCCGUUGCGUCGAAUGCGACGCCUGGCGCUGACGCAUCCAAUCCCACCGCCACCCUGGAGUGCCCCAUUUGCCUACAAACGUGCAUUCAUCCCGCCCGCCUGCCUUGCGGUCACAUCUUCUGCUUCUUGUGCGUUAAGGGCGUUGCCUAUAAGAAUCGCCGUUGUGCCAUGUGUCGUCGUGAGAUUCCUGCCGAGUUUCUGGACCAUCCGCAGCUGGUGAACGGCAUUGAUGACAUCUGUGCCACACGCGCCACCGAGGAUGGCUAUCAGUGGUACUACGAGGGACGGAAUGGUUGGUGGCAAUACGACGAUCGCACCAGCCAGGAUAUUGAGGAGGCCUUCAAGAAGGGCGACAAGUCCUGCACCAUACUCGUCGCCGGCUAUGUCUACAUAGUGGAUCUGGAGCAGCUGGUGCAGCAGCGUCAGAACGAGCCGACGCGCUGUCGUCGCGUCAAACGCGAUCUGGCCACCAUACCCAAGAAGGGCGUGGCAGGACUACGCAUCGAGGGCAAUCAGGUCACCAGCGACACGGUGUUCAGUCGUCCGAGCAAUCCGACGCCAACGGCUGCCGCCUCCGGCGGCCCGCCCACAUUUAUAUCGACCAUUGCCGCACGGGAUGCGGCCAUUCGCAUUGCCAGCGACAUCAUUGGCUCCACGCUGGCGGCGGCGGAUGAACUGACGCGCGGCCUGGCCGCCAGCAACAUCAGCGACAGCGUCAACGACCUAAGCGGUGAGCAAAUCUACUCCAAUCCACACACAGCCAACACAGCAGGUGCAACAGGUGAUGAGCAGCAGUCAGGUGCGGGUGUGGGUCUGGGCUUGGGUGUUGGUGCCUCGCGUUCGCUUGCCUCCUCGCACUCGAAUUCCAUACAGGAUCUCAUGCGCAGCGCCACAGAGGAUCUGCUGGACACCACGCAACAGGUGAUCGAGACCAAUCAACAUACCAUAGAUCUCUUCGAGCAGGCCUUGAACGACUUCCAGGCGCUCACGCUGCGCAACUUUGCCGAUUCCAGUGACGAGGAGGACGACGAUGACGAUGAUGAUGAAGAUGUUAAUAAUAUCGAAAAUGGAGGUACUGAGAGCAAUGGAAGCGAUGCAGCUGAGGCGAUCGAGGCGAGCGAACCACACGAUGAACACCAUGGGCCAUUGGGUUUCUAAUUUCCGAUUUCACAAUUUCACAAAGCUGAAAAUGCUUAAAGCUCGAAACGCGAACGAUGUUCCUUUAGAAAUGUCAACAUUUCAGAAUGUUAACUAGAGAAAUGAGGCGCGUACCUGAGAAUCUAAAUCUAUAAAACAAACAAAACCGAAAGUGAUGCAACAGAUGAGAGAGACAGCCUACAGGGUAACACACAUACAUACAAACAUACACUUAGUGCAUAUACAAAUUCCUUAUCAAUCUGAACCUGAGCAACUAUUAACUAUGUAUAUACCAUACUAUACUGAGCUAGAUGUGAUCUGGAAAGCAGUAAUAUCAAAUGGUCCCUAAGGAGUAUGAAGAGAAAAGCUCAAAGAGAAC